CCGGAAACUUUCUCAAGGCAAGCCAAAUAUCUCUCUGACUGAAUUCCACGAACUGUGGUAUGAUUUUUUUAUAUCAGAAGACCCCAAUGCACCAGGAAAUUUCAUCAUCGGUAGACCUAGCUUUGAUUAUUAACGGAGUUAUUAUUAUUUCUUCGGUAACUUCUGGGUGUUUCUUUUUUGUUACUUUGUGGGUAAUUGAUUUUGUAAGGAGGAGCUUAAUAUUUUAAUAUACAUUUGAUACUAUUACUACUAACUAUUAAAUCUUUUCAGAUCUUCUAUGUUUUAAUACAAGCUUGUAUCAUUCUUGUAAAAUGUCUAUCAAACCGCAUUUCAUAUAAAAAUAUUCAAAUAUUACUAUUGAUAUAAAAUCUAUACUAUUUCGGGUUGGUAACAGCUACGGACACGUCAAUGGCACGUGAUGCCGCGGCGCCGUACUAGUGCUCCAUCGACCAAUAAUAUCUUAUCUCCCAUAAUUUAAAAAUGAAUUUGAAAUGCAUAUUCUUUAGUACUUUUUAACUGAAUAUUAUGAAACAAAAUGUUUUCUAUUAAUACCUUUGUCAUCGCAAGUGAGACGUUUGUGGUCUCGUUAGUAACGAUUACGAUAAUCAAGUCAUACUUUUACACAGAUAUUGAAAUGGCCGAUUAAGAAACGAGUAAUUUGUAUACCAUCUUUAUCUGAUUUAAUAUUAUAUCAUAUUUUGUACAACUAAACAGUCAUUACUUGCUAAUCGUGAAUGUUUAGUGUAUAAAAUGGUGUCAGAAUUUAGAAAACAGAAACUUUUGCAUCUUUUUAACAUUUUCUUUGACACCGAUUCAAGUGGAAGCAUCGAGAGGAAUGAUUUCGAAUUAGCUGCUGAGAAUAUCGCCAAGUUACGAGGAUGGAAACCUAAUGAUGAUCAAUAUAAAGAAACUUUGGAGUCUCUGAUCAAAAUAUGGGAAGGUUUACAAAAUGCCGCUGAUUCUGAUAAUGAUGGAAAAGUAACUGCAGAUGAAUGGGUGAAUAUGUGGGAGACUUAUGCAAGGAAUCCUAGUUCUGGUGCGAAUUGGCAGCAGGUAUACUGCAAGUUCAUGUUUCAACUGGAAGACGCGGGAGGUGACGGGGCUAUAGAUUGUGAAGAAUUUUCAGCUGUCUUUGAAUCGUUUGGUCUCCUCAAAGAAGAUAGUGUGGCCGCUUUUAAUGUUAUAUCGAAAGGUAAACAAAAAGUUACUUGGCAAGAGUUUCAAGAAUUAUGGAUACAAUAUUUCGCUUCUGAUAAUCCCAACGAUCCUGGUAAUUUUAUAUUUGGUGCAGCUACGUUUUAAAUAGUGAAGUAUAACUGUUAAGUAUGAAAAGGUUUUUUUUUUGUUCACUUGUCAUAUGCAGUUCAAAU